AUGGUUAAGAUAUGGAAAUUCGUGAUUGGUUUUGGGAUAGCUGCUAUACUUUUGGGGAUUUGCGGUCCAAUAACAUAUAAAGUUCUAUCGCAUGAUACAGCAAUAUACCAAAAAGGGAACGGGACUUUAAAAGUGAAAGUAACAAAAGAUGGGUUAAAUUUCAUUGAAAUUCCUGUUUGGAGCAACAUAAUAGCAGUGGUAUCUCUAGCUCAGGCACCUGUUGUGAAUUCUAACUCGAUCCAGAUACUUGCUAAGGGCCGAUGUUUCCCGAAAAACAAGCCAGAUAUAAAGUAUCCUUUUUCAUCUUCUGCGAUAUCAAUUGCGACUGGCACAGAUCAAAUGACUGACGUCGUGAUUGGCGAUUUUUUCCUUCGAAGUUUCGUCCAUUCGUUAUGGCUUGAAAAGGGACUAGACAUAUGGGUCACAAACGACAUGCUUCCAGAGAAGUACCAUCGUAUGGUUGUAGAGACACUUAGCACGUUUAUUUCUGGAUCAACAAUCUAUAAAGGGAGGCCUAUCAAGUUUCGAGUAAACGUGACUAAAUCGCCGGACAUUCAAAUUGGUGCGGGAAUUAUUACAGGGGCAGUUCAAAUGGACUUGUUAACAUAUGUAGUUUUACCAGACCAAACGCAAUUGUUGGGCAUGAGCUUGCAAGGGGCUGCCGUUGUAUCUGGAACAGUUUCAAUAGACAAUUCUAAGUUUACUGCUCGCGUAACAAGAAUAUCCGCUAGUAUUAUGUCCACAAAAAUCUCUCUUCUUGGGAAAGUUGUGAUCAGCGUUUUAAACAGUAUGAUACCAAGUUUGUCCCGCUCCUAUGCAAUUCCAGCUAUUAACAAUAAAUUGCGGCACGGUUACCCAUUACCAACUUUCACAGCCUUUUCAUAUCAAACACCCAGGUUGCAUAUCAUUAAGGGUGCCUUGGUGGGAAGUUGCGACUGGAAAAUUAAAUCCUAA